AUGUCUUUGAACCUCUUUGACGUACCUGAUGUGGACUAUCGUUAUGAAGCCAAACGAUAUGUUCCCUUUAAACCGGCCAACACAGGCAAACGACCUAUUCUGUUUACUGUCCCUUCCUCAGAAGAUUAUUAUGAUUUGAAUGCAUGUUUUUUGGAAGUCAAAGUCCGUCUCAACACAGAAGGCACAGGAGGGGUAUCGGAUUCAGAAGGGGCUGCUUCGACAGCGAACUUGACAAAAUAUGUGUAUUGUGUCAACAAUUUUGGACAUACCCUGUUCAAUCAAAUGAAUGUUCAUUUCAACGGAGUCUUGAUGAGUGAACAAAGUAAUGCCUACCAUCAAAAAGCUUACAUAGAAACACUGUUGAACUACAAUCGAGAAGAAGGCAGGACUAUCUUGGCUCCCCAAGGAUGGGUGAAUGAAGUGCAAGUAAAAGAAGAACUCGUUCCUACCAAUGCCAACAAUGAUGAUCAACCCGACACUGCUAACUGGGAUGGAAAAACAGGCUUGAAAACACUCACCAACCGUUUGUUGGGCAAAGUGUUUCAUACCUUUAUUGUACGACCCCACCUAGAAGUCUUCAGAACAGGCAAAUGUCUUAUCCCUGGAGUUCAAAUUGAUCUAGAGUUGUUCCUGAAUGAUAGUCAUCUGUUUCUGUUUGGAACACCCGACACCACCACCAGUGUGAACAAAAAGAUCCCUACCCUAGCCGAUGAUGACAUUUUUGUCACCUUACACAUGCUCAAAGUCACUCUCAAUGCCAGUGUCUAUACUAGACUGCAAAAAGAAAGAGCUCUCAGUAAAACCAAACGAGUGAAAUAUCCAGUGGUAAGAAGUGAAAUUCGAACUUUUUCCUUUGAUGGGAAAAGUACAAGAUGGGAACAGGAUAAUUUUUUCGUGGGACGCGUCCCAGACAGAGUGGUUCUCGGUCUGGUCAAAUCUAAAAAUUAUAAUGGUGAUCUCACCUGCUACCCGUUCGCCUAUGAAAAGUUUGGAGUGACCAGAGUACGUCAAUCUGUUGAUGGUGAAGAAUACCCUUAUAGAUCUUUGGAAAUGGCCGGGAAUACUCAGGCAGAAGAUUUGCUAGGGUACAACCGAUUUCUCACUCCGAUAGGAGCUCAUAAACAACACAAGCCUACCAUGAUUCUUCCCAGUGAUUGGGGACAGGGAAAAAAUUGCACACUGUAUGUGUUUAACAAUGUCCCUGGUGAUGCAGAUGACCCUCAUUACAGAAAUCCCAGACAAACAGGCAAUGUCCGGUAUGAGAUUGACUUCCAGGCAGCGGUGGAUCAUAAUAUUACCGUGGUGAUCUGGAGCGAAUAUGAAAACCUAUAUGAAAUCGAUCAGUUCGGAGGCAUCCUUUAUUCUCUCAACUACUAAGUCAUGGAGUUUGUGGCUCUCAGCAAUACAGUGCUCAACAUCUUAGCACGAGAAGAUCCAUUGUUAAGAAUUUCGUUUCGUGGUGUGUUUCCAGCCGAUAAGUUACCUUCUGUCCCCAAAGGACGACGUUUUACUGACGCCUAUAUUGUCAACACGGAUCCAGCAGGAGAACCGGGUGAACAUUGGUUAGCCAUUUGGACACAUUUGGGGUUUUGUGAAGUCUUUGAUAGUUAUGGCUUACCCUUAUCUACCUACAAGAAUCCAAAGUUGCAAGCAUGGUUGGCACAAUGGAAAGAAGUGGUCUUCAGUGAUAUGACGAUUCAAGCUUUAGAUAGUCAAACCUGUGGACAUUAUGUCUUAAUGUUUUUAAAAGCUAAAGCCCAUGGAAGUACGUUUCAAGAUUUUUUAGCACAAUGGAACAAGCAAAAUUUAGUCUUAAAUGAUAGUCGAGUCGCUCAAUCGUUGAAACGCCUAAUUAAAGAAGAAUUGUAUCAGACAGACCUAAGUUGUAAACAAGCCAAUGUAAGCCGUGGAACGUUUUGUUAAGUUCAUUCUCAAUAAAAUUCAUGUUACAUUAUCACCUGUCUUCAUCUCUAUCAUGAUAACUAGGGGUGAUGAGCAAAAAGCUAUUUAAGGGAGACCAUGGAACAUAUGAUUCAGUAUGCUUCACCUCGCCUGUAUCAAGAGAGAUGGCUAGAAAAAAGUCCAGACCGAAAAGAAGAAGGCAACGAGGGGGUGCUAGAUUUCGACGAAAACCACGACUCAUAGAUAAAAUUGCCGAAGGAGUAGCGAUGGGAUUAUCAGGCCCUGCUCCUAGUUUUGCGAAAGCCGCUGCUUUUUUAGGAAAACAAGCCUUUAAGGGUAUAAAAGACAAUGUGCAACAUUAUAGACGUCGAACAAGAUGAUUCGCCAACCGUGUAGUGUGAUUGUAGCAGGUCCCUCUGGGAGUGGUAAAAGUGAACUGGUGGAACAAGUGUUGAAAGACAAGAAACUGUUUUACCCUCCUCCGAAAAAGGUGAUGUAUUGCUACGAUCGUUGGCAACCUAGAUUUGAUCGCAUGAAAAAACAAUCCAAGGUCACAUUUUACAAAGGACUCCCUCCAGAGGGGGCCUUAGCUAAAUGGUUUAAACCUCAAGAUCAUGGGAUUCUCAUCUUGGAUGAUCUGAUGGAAGAAGGAGGCAGUGAUAAACGUGUCUUGGAUUUAUUUACGAAAGAUUCUCAUCAUCGUGGCAUCACCGCCCUGUACUUAACUCAAGACUUAUUUCCACCUGGAAAAUUUGCGAAAACUAUUAAUCGCAAUGCUCAUUAUGUCAUUUGCUUCAAGUGCCCACGAGACAAGACAGGGAUUCGUAAUUUACUAUUACAAGUGUAUCCUGAACGAUGGCGUAAAGUCCUCAAAUUGUUUUUAAAACUCACAGCACGCCCGUUUGGUUAUUUCAUGUUGGAUUUACAUCCUGCGUCGGAUGAUCGUUUUCGUAUUUGGAGUCAUUUAACCAAACGAGAAGGCAGACCUCAAGUCCAUACCUUU